AUGUCGUCUUUCUUUGCUCGAUUUGCUUUGCUUUUUGUUGGCCUUUUCGCUCUGCAAACCGCGUUUGCUUCCCCCAUCAACCAGGCUCCAAGCCGUCGAAGCGAUAUCACCCCAGUAUCCUUUAACCUCUGGGGAGGCUUCCAGUCCUUCAACGGCUUUGACGAUUUCUUCGGAGUCGACAACAUCUUCGGACUCCGGAAUGAACAACUCAUAAUCGAGGUGUUGGACGUCAACAACAGGGCCGCCUGCAGGGCUCCAGGUCGUGGAGUCAGGCAGAUCCAACAACAGUUGGCAAUCGUGCAAGAACUCACUAAAAGGAUUAUCCUUGAGCAAGCAUGCGAAGUCGAGCUCCAGCUGCUCCUCCUCGAGCAACUCCGAGGAGGAUUCAGCAUCUUCGGUGAAGACAUCAGGCGUAGGAGGGGACGGGCACCUGGAUUCGACCUUGAAGUCGCCCAACUCAUCCUCCAAUUGUUGGAUGGCGAUGGCAAGUUCCGCGAUAUCGACUUUGGCUUUGGCGGUCUCGAUAUUGGCCUCCAUACCGUCAUCCCCCUCGGCUCCAACUGGGAUGAUCACCGCUCCCCUGGAUCCAUCCUUCAAUUGGACGACCUCAUCAAGAUUGCCUUGAGCACGGGCCUCAGGCUCUGA